AUGGCUGGACUGUGGCUGAUGCAUGGUGAUGGUGAUGACAUCCGUCAGUUAGCGCAUGGCGAUGGACAUUUCUUCGAAGCCUUGGGGGAUGCUUCCGUGGUGAAGAUCCAUGAGUUUGGAGCGCAGAGUCUGGGAAACACAGGCUGGGCAUUUGCCAAGCGACAGAUCCUGUUACCCACUUUGAUGGAGGCUGUCUCUGCAGCUACAUGUGUCCGCGUGCGCGAGAUGAAGCCGCAGCAGCUGUCCAACCUGGUGUGA